AUGUCGCAAACCUCCCUGCAGGCCCGGGUCCAAUCUUUGGCGGAGUCGUUGAGAGCCUCUGAAGAGAAGUGUGCUGAGCUGGAGAGCUGCGGUAUGCGGUACAAGGCAGUUGAAGACGAAGUAAAGAGGCUUAGAAAAGAACUCGAGGAAGCUCGAGAGGUCUCCUCAGCUUCGGCGGCCAGUCUGCAUAAGCUCGCUGCGGAGAUGAGCUCGCAGGCUGAGACAUUAGCCCAGGCUCAAAGUGAGCGCGACCUGGCUCGUCGGGAUCGGGAUGCAAUAGAAAGGCAGAUGAAGCACCUCGAGAUGGAGUGUGAGAGGAAAGACAGGGACUUGGAGGCUGCGGAGGCGAAGUUGAGCGUGGUGAAAGCCAGAAAAAGGGAGCUGGCCGCUGCGAACGAGAGGGACAGUGCUACGACAGUUGCUGAGGCUCAGAGGAGGGUGGAUGCCGAGAUUGCGCGGCUGACUGAGAAGCAGGAGGGGGAGGUCAGUCAGAUCAGU